CCCGUCCCCCACCUCGCUGUCUACUCCGGCUUUACUGACUACCCCACUGCAACCGCCUCACCCUCCCUCACCUUCCUGGCCCACACCCCGGCCUGUCCCUCUCCCAUCAGCGUGGCCCUGGACAGCACCUCUGUGUCUGAGCGGCGGACAGAGACCGGGGAAGGAGAAGGCGAGGGGAACCCUGCGGCUCGAGCCCAAGUGGGUGGAAAUGUGUCCAAGUCUCGCAUGGCUCUGUCCCUGCGUCGCCUGCUGAAGGGAGGAUGCACCCCCGGCACCAUGUUUGCCAGCCUGUCGCCCAAAUGUCACUCAGCAGCCAGUACAAGUAGCCGCAUUCAGCCCAUCAGCCCGGACCAACCCAGCCAGGCUCCACCCAGACGGACUGGAAAUUUUUUCCAGAUUAAAGUGGAUAUUCCCCCAGAGUGCCGAAUCUACCCCAUAGAGUCUGAGGACGAGGAGGAGGAGAGCAGGGUGGCCUCUCGGGGGGGAGUGGGAGCCAAAGAGAUCAUCUGCCCCUGGGAGAGCCUCACUACACAGAAUGGGACCGGCUAGUCAGCUGUAUUUACACAGGUAUAAAAAAAGGGUUUGAGCAGGCAGAUUUUUGCCCAUGCUCUGACAGAGAUAAAAGAUCUCAUACAGAACAUGAAGUGGUUAAAUCCCUGUCUAAAUGUGGCCACAUAAUCACCACCAGGCAACAACGUAAACACCAAACAACAUGACACAAACGGUCAAUCUGGCAAACUAGAGAUUGCUGUUUAGACUGAGCAUAAACCUACUGUCCAAGUUUAAACUCCUUAAAGGUUAGUUUUGUUUCUAGCGUUAAACCCAUACUUCCUGCAGGCCUGUAAGAAUAAUCCUCUACUCAAAUGUCCGCACUUCUCCAAUUUAUUUUUUCCCAUCAGAAAAGUUUUUUUGUUUUGUUUUAUUGUGUAUUACUUUUGCCAAGGAGGUUAUGGUUUGUUUGCUUGUCUUUCAGCAUGAUUACAGAAAACUACUGGCCUGAUAUUCAUGAAAUUCGGUGGAAGUGAAGCAUGUAGCAAGAAAAAACCCAUUACAUUUUGGAGCGGAUCCAAAUUAAGGGACAGAUACACAACUUAUUUUUCGCUUUUGCUAAAUUGUGAGUUAUACCAUGGCCUUGACAGACGUCUGCGCUCUCCAAGUGCCCAUCCAAGUAUUUAUUUUACUCCUCAAUUAUAAUUAAUUGACCUUGUGUUUUAGGCUGUUUCUGUAAUUUAAAUAGAGAGAACAGUCUCUUGGUUUCCUAUUGCAUGGCAGAGAAAGUUGUGUGGCACAUUUGUUGUUUGGAAAUAGCGUUUUACAAGCCAACAGACGGAUAAGGGUUUGUGAGCCUUAUUGACACUAACCCUCACUGAUGUGAGCACUGGCUGAGCCAGAGAUAAAGGUUGGACCCUUAGUUUUGCGAGGUGCAGCUCCACUAGAGGAAAACAUGGUGUACGCACAUCCACAAGCUUAGGAAACUUGAGCUGUAGCUUUCACACUCAAACCUCAUUCUGUAUUUAUUCACAAACAGUAGCCCGACAUAAGCCUUAUCCAACUUCACACACCUAAAAAUGUUCUGUUUUUUGGCCUCAGAAGUUUCUACAAAAUGUAUACAAAUAUCGAUGCCCAAAGAUAAAAAAUAUAAAUGAGAUGAAAUAAAGUAUUUUUGUGAUUGCCAAAAUCCACUAAUAAAUGUUAUAUAAUACAUAAAAUCCGUUGUUUACAUCUUGUAGGUCACAAAAGCCAAAGCAGACAGACACAUUUCACUCUGCCUGUGCACAUGCCUGGAUAGAAUAAAGACACUGUAUUUAUAUAUUCAUUGAUUAAUGAUCUCUGAAGUAGAGAAGUGUUCUUGUGCUGCUCAUUAGAUUUAGAUGCCUCAUCCACAUUUUACUUACCUCUUACACACAUUAUGUGAAAUAAAUAGAUGCAGUUCAGUUUAAAAUGAGAGCACAUGAACAGACCGUCUGCAUGAUGCUUUUUUGUUACUGUAAUGGGGGUUGGUAACAGUUUUGUAUUUAGCUUCACGAAUGUUUUGUAGCUGUUGUAUGCUGUGCACUACUCUGAGCGAGGUUUUGGUAUUUCUCUUACACAUAUCUCUUUGAGGAUACAGUACAAUGUGAAUUUACUAUCAGAAUGUAUUAUCUUUACCAUGUUUACAGAUGCAAGAAUGUGAAAAGUACUUUUACAUUUGUUGUAUUUGAUUUGUACAUUCCACAGCUUGUGUGAAGUGCCUAAAUAAAU